AUGUGCGAGCCCGUCGAGUCCAUCAUCGGCGCUGACAAGACCAGCGCCGACUAUUACUUCGAUUCCUACUCUCACUUCGGUAUUCAUGAAGAAAUGUUGAAGGAUGUAGUAAGGACUAAGACUUACCAAAAUGUAAUAUAUAAAAAUACCUUUCUUUUCAAGGACAAGGUAGUCCUUGAUGUGGGUGCUGGUACAGGAAUUUUGUCGCUCUUUUGUGCAAAAGCUGGGGCAAAACAUGUUUAUGCGGUUGAGUGCUCCAGCAUGGCCGACAUGGCACAAGAAAUUGUUAAGUCAAACGGAUUUUCAAAUGUCAUAACAGUUCUGAAGGGAAAGGUUGAAGAAAUUGAGCUUCCAGUUGCUCAAGUGGAUAUAAUAAUUUCUGAAUGGAUGGGAUAUUUUUUGCUGUAUGAGAACAUGUUAGAUACUGUCCUGUAUGCUCGUAACAAAUGGCUAGCUAGCAGUGGACUGGUACUACCGGAUAAAGCUUCUCUCUAUUUGACAGCCAUUGAGGAUGCAGAUUACAAAGAAGACAAAAUUGAAUUUUGGAACAAUGUAUAUGGCUUUGACAUGAAGUGCAUCAGGAAGCAAGCCAUGAUGGAACCUCUUGUUGAUACGGUUGACCAGAAUCAGAUUGUUACAAAUUCCCAGUUACUCAAGACUAUGGAUAUCUCUAAGAUGGCUGCUGGGGAUGUGUCCUUCACUGCUCCUUUUAAGCUUGUGGCGGAACGUGAUGAUUACAUACAUGCUCUUGUAGCCUACUUCGACGUGUCUUUUACUAAGUGCCAUAAAUUAAUGGGCUUCUCUACAGGGCCAAAAUCACGGGCUACACAUUGGAAGCAAACGGUUCUGUACCUUGAAGAUGUGCUAACUGUAUGCGAGGGAGAGGCCAUUGUUGGGAGCAUGACUGUGGCACCGAACAAAAAGAAUCCCCGUGAUGUUGACAUUAUGCUCAAGUAUUCAUUAAAUGGUCGGCGGUGCCUUGCCUCAAGAACUCAAUAUUACAGAAUGCGAUAGCUGUUUUGUGGUUACAUUAUUUUUAAGAGCUCAUCGUUGUCAAUGUCUCUCUCUGUCUCUUGCUUUCCUUCAAUAUGGAUCUUUGUUCUUAUGUUGUUUUUGUGGGGGUCGGGAUUGGGGCCUUGCGACAUUAUUGGAGAACGAAUCAAGGAGAAGAUUGCAUUUUUCAAAUUGUAGCAUGUGUAACUUAUAUUUAUUUCUCAAAAUGUUAGAUAUAACAUUGUAACUAUUUCAAAUUUACUCUAGUUUAAUUCAU